GUGCCAGGUUUGCCAGCAGGUCCUGCGCUGGCUGUCAGGGCAGACGUCACCUGAGCCUCUGCUACCGCCUUUGGGCUCCUGUUAUGGUUUGAUUUAUUCCGUAGUCUUUGAGUCGGUCAGCUGCCUGUCCACCAGGGUGGCAAAGGAAAAGCAUAAAGAUUCAAAGGCAUCGAAAGAAGAGGAGGUGGAGGAAGGUCAUAAAGAAGAGAUGACAGGCUUGAAUACUGUCUGCUCUAAAAGCACUUUUGAAACUGCAAACCUAGAAGUGCUCAGGGGUGGUGCACAGCUGAGCCCAGAGAGUGACAGCAGCAGGCUCCUCCGGUCUCACAGGAGCAAGAAGGACCUGGAUGGCUCCCACACGGUGACCUGCACGCUCACUGUCUCGCUGGCUGUCCCCACCCUGCCUGCUGGAGAAAAGCAGAAGAAAUCCAAUCCCACUGAUAAACAAGGAAAGAGAAUUCAAGUUGAUGCAUCGCGAGCUGUUCCAAGAAUGCAGCGUUGCUAUCAGAUUGAGUACUUCCUCCUACCAGACGAGCUCGUGCCUAGAAAACUAGAUUUGGUGUUGGUUGGAGCAGUCGCAAAUCUACAUACAAAAUCUGGUUCCAAGGCCAUUACGCCAUGGUUUGAAGAUGACAAGAUGUGGUUAUCAUGGAACCAUAGCACUGAUAUCCGUGUCACUAAUGAAUAUCUAAUAAAACUAAGAGAUCACAAAAUCAUUGUAAACAUCUGGGAUGCCAAGGACAAAGUUUCCUCAAAAGCGAAGGGUGCUAACCGCAAAGUUAAUUCUUCACUAGAACGCGUACAGGCUGUUGAUGAUGUAAACUACACAGUGCUUUUGCAAAGAAAGUUCUUUGAAGAAAGUCAGCCAGCACCCAGCUGUACAAAAACCAAAGCAGCAAAGAAAUCCAGAGCACAGGAGCCUUCAGCCCUUCCUGUUGAAGCAGAAGAAACUGGUCUAAACAGACGAGCACUGUCUCAUUGUGGUUUGCCACCUCCAUCCAGGACGGGCGACUCGGGCGCAGUAGGUGUGAUAUUUGCAAAGACCACGUUGCUGGAGAAGGCCCAGGUUCUGAAGCAGAAAGCAGUUGCUGGUCUCCCUGUUAAUUCAACUUCAAAAGAUGCUGAGAAAAAAAAUCAUAAUAUGGGAGUUCUGAGAUAUGAAGCAAACAAGCCAGCCUCUGCGAAUGUCCAACUCUGCCUUCUGUCAACAGGCAGAAGAGGUUCUGGUCCCAAAAGAAACAUCGAUGCUCCUCAGGCAAAGAAAAAUGACAUUGCUUCUCUGCAGUUAGAUCUCAUGCCUCUCCUCGCAGGAGAAAAAACAGUGACCAGUCGUCUGACAGAAAACAGUUGUAAAGUUUUAGAUGUUUAUGUGACCUUCACUGUGGAAACACCUCUUCUGUCUGAAAGACAAAGACAUGAAUUGAAUCCACUGGUUAUAAGGAUUCAUUCAGCUACCUGCCUCCCGAACACACCUGUACCGAUAGAGGAGCUACAGAGACUGUGUGUUCCCGUCUACUGCAAAUACAAAUUUCAUAACUUUCCACCUCAUCGAACUCAUGGACAAGUCCAUGGAACUCACGUCUACUUUAAGGAUGUUAAUGUGCUUCUUACAGGCUUGAUGGAACCUGGGGAACUGCAGAAGUGUCUUAGAGGUCCACCUUUAGAGGUUGAAGUUCAUGACCGGGAUAGAAACAUGGAAAAUGACACAGAAAAGCCCUGUUUGUCUGGGAAAGAUGGUGAAGAUGAGGACCGGAACAAGGAGCGCCUCCUUGCUUGCAAAUCCGCAGUCUGUAAUUCUUCUACAGAGGACAAAGUGUGGCAUCCGCAUGGGGUAGCUAAAGUCAGUCUAACUGAAUUGUUGUUAGGUAGAAAGUACUUGGCUAUCAAUGCUCCCAUUCAUAGCUGCUCAGCUCCAAGUACAGCUGCUUCCAGUGAGGAGGAUAAAACAAAGAGGACAACAGAAUUGGUGCGCAGUUCUACCCUGCUCAAUAUGGGACAUUAUCUACAAUCAGACUCUCUUUUGAAAGUGAGAGUGGAAAUGACUGUGCCAUUGGCAAUGCAUGCACGAGCUGCUGAUGCUCACGUCACAAAUCGCCCGUUUGGUUAUAUAAUCUAUGUUUUUGACUACAAUAAUUCAUCUUUAUUACAUGAAUUGAUGGAAGAGAUUAUGGAAAUCAAUGCUCAAGCCCUCCAGCUGGACUGCUAUCCUGUACACUCAAUGGGAAUGGCUCUUGCUGCAUCUAAACUGCAGACCACGCUUGAGGAAGUUUCUGAGUUGGAUAUUGUUACUGGUUUUCACUUGCUGGAUGGAGCAACACAUCUCUUUGUCUUGGAGGGAUUAAAAGACAAAGCAAUCAGGAGGCUGUGGGAUAGACACUUUGAAAGGACUCACAGACGUGAAGACGGGCAGCUUGAAAUCCUGUAUAACUCACAGCUGUCUUUCCAUCAGCGCCUCUAUACAGACCUGGAAGCUAUCUUUUAUCACUGCCCCCUCCGGCAGCCCCUCCUCACUAUAACAAAGCAGCCUCUGCUGUAUGUCAGAGGUGCGGUGCCGGGGGCAUGUUUCCAAGCCUUGUCCAGGCUGAGUUCCCUCCGUCACUGUAAGAGGCUGAGGGAUGUAGUCCAUGGGAAGUUGCUGCCCUCGGCAGAGAUGAUCACAGCCUUGGGUCACGAGUAUGGAGCACCCCUGGCCAUCAAAGAUCUCUUUGCUCAGAAACCUCCAUUACACUUGGUUUCCUCUGGUGACUACACAGUACCAGGAACAGUUAGCAGAGCGCAACAGGCAGCACGUUCCUCAUUAGGUAACUGUAGUGAAACAUGGGUGCAGAGGAAGAAAGAAAGAGCAGGCAAAAUGUCUUCCAAGAGAAAGCAUCUUGAGACUAACUCUGGGGCUGUGUGCCAACUCAAAGGAAAGACGGAAAAGCCAAAGUUUGAAGCUUUCAGGAUUUCUCCUAUUGAUGGCAAAUCCGUCUUUAACUACAGCUCCCAGACCCUGAAUUCUGCAGAACUUGCAAAGCAGCAGCUGCGCCAGGAAAUGGCCAAGGAACCGAAGAAGAGAUUCACUUACUGCCAUGAGUACCUGUCAGCCACCUUCGAGCCAGUGGAUGUGGCUGCUGCCCAUAAAGAAGACUUUGCAAAAUCCAAGAAGAUGUGGCUGUCACCAAACGGAUUUGUAUUUCCUGGAUUUAAGAGCAGCAUGGAAAGCAACCUGCACCCUCGAGUGCCAGAUGAGGCACAUGUGGAGGAGUUGAGUGAGAAAUGGCAGGAGAAUGCUCUGCAUGCGAACAUGGAGCCAGCGCUGUCGAGAGGCAGAUGGAGCUGGGGCAAACAGGCCAUUGAUUUUGAUCUUUACAAGAAGCCACCUGAGCUCUUCAUGACAACAGCCCCCGAGCCUGAUGCUGCCUGGAUCCUGCAGACUCUGUUUGAUGAUCCCAAGCGGAAAGCUCGCCGGUGCUGCACGGCAGCCGCUCGUGGGCCAAGAGCCAGCGCUCAGCGGUGGGAGCAGCUUGGGCUUCUGAGAGACGAAGCUCAGAAAUCCUCGCUCGGGAAGGCAGGACCCAUUGUGAAGGUAAAGGGUAACGUUCCCUGGGUACCGACACUGGCACCGACCACUGCGCAGCCACAGCCACCCUGCGCCUCAGGGAGGGCAGAUACUGCGUGACACUGAAUUCUGCACAAUAAGAAGUAAAAAUAUCUGUUAAAACCGAUGUUGGUAGCACUGGGUGACUCAAUCUUACAAAGCUCUUAGAAAAACGUCUCAGCCAAGGCACAAGAUGAUUUAUUUUAAUUAUUUUUUUUAAGUUCUUGGCUUUGAUUCUUGGAGAUAAUGUGGAGAAUUUCUGUUCAAUUAACUAACUUGUCUGUCAGGGGGUGAGAAAAGAACAAUUCUUGGCCAGCUGGCUUAGAGGCUCUAAGGGAACUGUAAUGAUGUCCCCAAGUGAAGUGGAGGGGUCGAGGCCUCUCUAUAGCCGAGAAGCCAAACGCCUCCCCUUGUUGUGUUGAUUUCCAUGGUGCUGUGUGGGCUUCCUAAGCACCGUGCUCCGGCCUGUGGUGCACAGAUCCCACACAGACACGCUGGUUCGUGAGACUGAAGGAUUUGUGCUCAUUCAUAUGAAAAGCUUUAUGGGUGGCCUGCACCUUGCUGUUCUUUUGUUGGCUGAAUCAUAGGCCGUGCUUGCAUAGAAAUGACUGACCCAACCCCUGCGCAUGCUUUCAGAGCUGCUUUUGAUCAAAGGGGCUGAAGCUCGCUGUUGGCUACAAAUGCUCUAGAAAAACAAACACAGGAACCAUGAGAAUAUUGGUAACAAAAGCGGAGUUAAACCUUUGAGGCCAGCUCACUGCCACCCACCUGCUUUUAUUUUGUUCCCAUUUUGUGUGUCCCUGUGUCGAGUGGCCACAGGGCUGGUGUCGGGCUUUGAACUGCGCAGCCCUCUGUGCUCGGCCUCACGCUUUGGUUUGGCUGUUUGGACUAUGAAACUUGUCCAGCUUGGACCCUUUGCCUGGUUCCGAUAAUUCCAAUCUGCAGCCCUUUUUGCCUGAUGGCACAUCAAUACUCUUGUUUGUUGAUGAUAUAACUUAGAUCUUGCACUAUGUGACAUUCUAACGCCAUCAGCCUUGAUGCUGUCAUAGCCCAAGUUCUUGAAUGUGUUCUUCAAUCCUUCCCGCUGGAGCCCGUGGGAACCAUGGCUGUUUGCCUCUCAAAACUGGCUGAGCUGUUGCAAAGACAACCCUUUCCCAAGGAGCUGGUGCUGUGUGCGGUCACCUUCAAGGCUCUGCUUUAGAAAAAAGAAGUAAAAACCCAACACCCCUAACAAACAGAACCAAACCAAACCCAGAAGGCUCUGUAUUUUUAAUUCUUGGGUUUUUUUUUUCCGGAGUCGCCACCUUUGCUGGUGCAGGGCUUUCUCUCUGACAGAAACGGAAAGUCCUUGGUGGGUGACACGCCUGGCUGAAGGAACACAGAAUUCAGACAAGGUGGAUAUGUUACAGUGAAGCAGAGUCACAUUAACACCUCAGCACCAUUUACUUUCUGCUUAUUUAUAAGUGAGGGUAUUUCCGGAGGGGUGACCACACUGUCUCAGCUCCACGCGCUCGUUCGGUGCCAUUGCCUUUGAUUCUCUGCACGUUCUUUUGCAGUUGUUCUCUGCCAGUUUGUCUCUCUCGGGUCCCCUUCUCCUGCCCCUGACUUUGUUUAAAUCUUUGCUGUGGCAGUUUAGCGUUGGUUGCUGGGUGCCACGGCUUUGCCUCCGGCCCGUGCAGGUGGUGCCAUUCCCUCCCCUGUCGCCCUGGCUCACCAAAGCUGCACGUUCUGCGUGGCCCGGCUGUUGCUGGAGCGCAGCGGGGAUGGCUGGGCCUGCUCUGGCCGCCCUUCCCAGGGGCUCAGCCCACGGCACUGCCCCGCUGAGCCCUGCCCAGGCAGCGGGCACAGGCUUUGGUGUCCCUGACAGGAUUUGUGCUACAGAAGAAAAUAAGCAUGUGGUUUAAAAAUUAGGCUCCGGUACCUGCUUGGAGCUGGCCUGGCGCUCAGCCCGUGCACUUUACUCAGCCAUGUGUGAGCGUACCCUGGCCCACGGCGUGGGACGCUCGCUGUUGGUGUUCAAGCAGUGCUUCAGCAGGUGGUGGGGCUCUCAGAGCUUGUCCGGAGCAGCCACGUGAUGUUCACGCAGGACAAUUUCUGCUCAGUGCUUCUACAGCCUCGAGCUGUGGGACAGCCCUGGGGACGCUGCCCAGCGAGCCUUGGCUUUGUGGCCUGGCCCGGCCUGAGCGGCUGCUUGGUUUAGCUUUGUUUGUUUCAUUUUUCCCACUUAACAUUAGGAAUCUGUGAUUUGUAACUUAAAGGUUUUGAGGCGCAAAGGUUGCACAUACCCCAACCCCUCAAAGAUCUCAGCUCUGGGCUUGUAAGGACCAUACAAGGUGGAGCAUUUCCAACCCUACUGUUCACCUGCAGCGUAGCUGCCCUCAGGCUCACCUAUGGAAGAGUUCAUGAGGGCGCAACAGCUUUCAUUUGUCUUGUCCAUGUUGUGGGGAAUCCACACAUUUAAAAGCUGGCUCACCUUGGAGCCCAAAGGCACUAAACUUUCCCUUUCGGCAGCGAUUGCUCACCUCCUCCUUUUUUAAAGCCUGUCUGAGCACACACUGUGCUCCUGGCUCAGCCCUGCUGGUGCCAACCGGCCUCACGGCAGUGUCUCAGGUGCCCUCCCAGGAGAAGCAUCAGCAGUGGCUCUGUACCAGCUCCCGCUGAGCAGCACAGCCUGAAGUGGAGUGAGACCGUGAUCCCUGGGCACUACAGAGAGCGUAAGAAGCUGGAAAAGCUCCAAGGUGCAGAUUUCAGGUAAGACAACCUCCUUGCUCGAAAUGGCGAGAGCAGGCGCACCGUCAGUUCAUGUGGUGCAGGUCAGGGUUACAGACACAGACACUGUAAGAAGAAAUUACUGGGUCUGUAAAUUAAAUUCUUGGGGUGUAUCCCAAAGAAACAAACUUAUUCUCUAGGAUAAGUUGUCAUUCCUGGGCACUGCCCUUUGGAGCCCAGACUCCAGCACGAAGGAGGGAGGUUUGCCACUGGCAAACGCUGGGCCUCGGUGUCACCGUGUGUCAGACUGUGCUUCUCACAGCACUGCAGACCCCCCUUUAGCCCUGUGCUGCUGCCAUUCCAGUCUAAGAAAAAAAAUCUAAGAAAAAUCUAAGAAAAAUCUAAGUUCUUGAAGAGCCAUUUUUAGCUUUCCACUCUAAUUUAACUGCUAGAAGUUUGAAGAUGUUUCAUAUUCUUUAACCUUUCUAAAUUGAACUAAAGCAGACACAACUCCACCGCUGACAGCAAAGCUGUAUUUGCUGUUUCGGUUACACAGGGAGCAACGCGGAGUGGUUUAAUUGGUAUUUUGUUCUUUAUUUAUGAGCUCUGGCCUUUAUGUUGCUGUUGUGCCAUCGCAGUCUAAGAUACGACUUCAGUUCAUGUGGUUAUUCAGUUCCUGCAGCCGUGCGCCCUUUCAGAACCCUCCCAUGAAUCGUCACUCCUGCUUUGCACGGUCACACUUCAGCUUUCUGAGUGUGGGUCCAUCGGCUCCUGCGCUGCCCCCACAGUCCACUGGGCGGAACACCAGAGUCCCAGUUUGAGGCUGUCCUCUGCCCUCCUCCAGAGCCCACACCAACCUUUAAAUGCUACAGAACUGGAUGAGCCAAAUUCGUUAUGCAAAUCACAUUUCUCCCAAGGGUCACUCAGCGGGAAUGAAUUAACAUCAUGGAGCAAGCGCCAGAUGCGGUGCGCUCCCUGGCGAGUUUUACAGCUUUCAUUGGGAAACUGCAACUCUGUUUUUCAGAGGUUGUAGAUGAAGAGCUUCAUCGUAGCUUUGUUACAGGUUACCCGGCUAUAAUCAUCAGUUUCCACGAUGGAACAACCCACAAGAGCCGAGGCCGCACGCCCUCCUUGAACAACAGGGAAACCCUUCCUGGAUGUGCUCUGGACGCGGGUGAACAGAGGUGUGACCGUUCGCCUGUGACCCGCAGCAACUGCCUUCCAAAUGAAACCAUCCCCAAAGGGGAGUCCAGGGAUACGGCAUGAAUGCGUCGCUGGAUGGAACAGCCCUCACGGGGGCAAUUACGAAGUCGCUGUGUCACAUUUAGGGUUAGUGAGGGCAGAGCAGAAAAAAGGUUUAAACUGUCAUUAAGUCUGAGGAAUGCUCAUGAAAAAUGAGUUGUCUCAGGAGGGCUUUUAAGGAAGAUGACAGCUUAUAUUUAAAUAAAACCCCUAAUUAUUGUUUGUAAAAACCAAAACAAAGCAAAGGUGCCAGCGCAGGGCUUAGACCAAGGCAGAGCUCAGAACAUGGAGAAGUUCUGAUUAAACACAGGGAAAACCAAGCAAACGGGCACGUGUGAGGCAGCAGAACCCCCAUCCCCAGAGACCCUCCCACCGCCCGGACAAGGCCACAAUGGCUGCAACUGGUGC